CAAUAUCGUACACUGAGCUAGGAUUAUGUCCAAUAACUAUUCCUAGUUUCCUUAUGCGCUGCUGACAUGCAGUGUAACCGCAUAUUCGGUGUGCUACUACCCAAUGGACUGAAAACAUCAUCUUCUAGGCCUCGCAUAUCCAUUUCCCAACUGAGGAAAGUAUGAGGCAUGAGGCAGGGUAUGCAAAACACGUAUUCAUUAUUAUUCGCGCUUUGGCUUGUGAACCCUCUCACGAUCCCUCUGGCAUAGUUGCAUGAUGGCGAGAUCCCUUGCGCUGUAAUACAUAUAUGGGUCUUUCAGGCGUGUACAUAGGCACAGACCUGGACUGGCCCUUAAUGCCUACAUAGGAUCAGGACUCGAUCCUCAACUCUUUCCAGAAAGUAUCGGUCGAUGUCUAUCCCUUAAGGCCACCAUAACCAUGACAUACGUUAAUAAAGGCAGUGUGACUGCCAUUGGUAUCAUAUUUCCAGUCCUUGUCGUCAUAUCGCUUGCUAUCAGAGCAUACGGAUGGCGGCGAUAUUCCAGAAAUGUCGAAAUCGAUGACCUUUUCAUUGUUCCUGCUGCCUUCCUUACCAUAGCUGCCGGUGUUGCUAUGGUAAUAGGAGCACAAAUGAACAUCAUCGGCGGACAUUCAAUUCCAGGGAUCACCCCAACAGAACAACAUGAACUUGGAAAGUUCGAAUACGCUUUCUGGAUAGGCCAUGUGCUUACUAUUGGUUUCAUUAAAUUGACGCUCUUGUUUUUGUUUCGCCGCAUAUUCAAGGGCCGCGCCUUCAGAACCCCCUUUGACUAUGUCAACUGGACUCUCAUCAUCCUUGUCACCAUGUGGACAGUCGUGUUCCUUUUCUUUGAAAUAUUUGCGUGCGGCUCAAACCCAGCUGUGAGCUGGUCCAGUCUCACUUCGCUCCGUACUAAAUGCGUAAACACGUUCGCGAUGCAAACCGGUUGCGCAGUCUUCAGUUGGGUCCUGGAUCUUGCGAUUUUGAUCGAGCCAAUUUGCAUGGUUGGAACGCUGAACAUGAGCAUUUGGAAGAAACUCCAAGUAUCACUCGUUUUUCUCUUCAGUGUGUUCGCUGUGGUUGCAGGACUCUUGAGAAUGAUCGUCUGGAUCCAGAUACAAGUCCAGGGAACUACGAAUCAGUACACGAAGGUCCUCCAUACGAGCCUGCCAUCGAUUGAUCAAGAAGGAAUUGUUUCCAUCAUCCUUUUCUGGACAUACGUCGAGAUCGGAGUGGGGUUCCAGGUCGCUUGUCUUCCUCCGUGUGCUCGACAUCUCGAUAAACUGUCACUCAGUCUCAUUAUGACCAAAAUCCGCUCUUUGCCAUCAGUCCUUUCUCUAUCCAGGAGGAGCUCCCGCUCUGAUAAGGAUAAGACCACGGAAGAGUCGAAGAGAUCAUGGACGUCAAGCCCCCGGCCCAAAAGAUCACGUUCUGAUGAUGAGCUGGAGUUUUACCACGAUCACUAUCCAGUUUGACAAGGGGUAGUUAGUUAUUAUACGUUAGUUAUAGUUCUGAAUUGAUGCAGCGGCGGAGGAUAUUUUAAUGUCCUACCCGGAAUAUAGCUAUUUUCUACCUAUUUGCUCGGUUUUCGUCCUAUACCUUGGCAUCUUACUAUGUAGCGGGAGUCUUGAAAGGCACAUCUCCCUAAAUUUCCGCCGAUAGAGCGAUCAAUGCUUAGACCAAUAACUGUG